AUGUGCCGUGAUGCUGGUUUACCAGUAACGGGUAACAAAAAUCAACUAAUUGAACGGUUGAUGGACAACAAUGUAUCCGAAAGCGAAAGUGAUACUCAAAGUGUUGUAAUGCAGCGUUUAUCGUCUUUAGAAAAAACUAUUUCGGACUUAGUGCUACAACAAAAACAAAAUACAACGACAUCAAAUAAUUUUGUACCACCAAUAUCGUCUUCGCCGGUAAAUGUUAUUGGUAAUAUGGAAAAGUCCGCUCCAACCGUUACGAGUACAUAUACCGUGAUGCAUCCACAAGUAUUACCGAACGCAUACAAUAGUCAACAUUCGCUGUGGACAACCGCUCAAGAGCCCAGCAAUGUUAAUUUUCCCCAAUUUUCUCAAUCGGGACACGUCGCCACCACCGACUUUCGCCCCACCGACAUUUGUGCCACCAGUGACAUCUGCGCCGUAUGCAACGUACCAAAAUCCGCCAGUACCGUACACAUUCGAUUACGUUCGCGCACCGCCGGUAGUACCGAUCACAAUCCAUACGAGAAUGUGCGCGAUAUUGUUGAACUUUUACCCGUUUUUGACCCAUCGUCCGAUCGUUCGUUAACAUCAAAACAAUUCGUAAAACGCGUUGAAAAUCUGAGAAGUGUAUAUGGGUGGAGAGAAUACACACUUUUGUUUGCCGUACAGCAAAAGAUGCGGGGAUCAGCAAAAUAUUGGGUUGAUUCUCUGCAAGACGUGUUUAUUUCGUGGGCAGAAUUCGUUCAUAAAUUUCUGCUAAACUUUCCGUGCAUCGAAAAUGAAGCCGAUGUGCAUCUUAAGAUGGCACAAACGAAACGGCAAAACAAUGAGUCCGCUCAAGAGUUUUAUUACCGCAUGCUUGCCUUAGGUUCAAAAGGUGGGUUAGCCGACUCGAGUAUUGCGCGCGAUAUUAUAAACGGCAUUAAUGAUUCAGAUUUACGUAAGAAAAUUUCUAAUAACUAUACGCAUUGUCAAGAUUUACUAAGUGACAUUAUUAACUUUAAUAUUUAUAACGAAGUGAAAACCGCGCCACCUAAAAUGGUAUUCAAAACAAACGCGUCGAUAGAAAAACCGCCGAAUCGAAAGUUUCCGGUUACAGAAAAUCAAAAGCCACAAACACCGUUACCACUCGAAAAAGUUAAGUGCUAUAACUGCUUUAAAUUUGGACAUUAUUCCGUAAAUUGUGCCGAGCCACAACGGAAGCCGCGCUGUGAAAAGUGCCAACGCACAACGCAUAAAACCGCAGACUGUUAUGUAAAAACUGAAAACCGCAUUAAUAUAAUUGAUCAGCGCGCAUGUGAUGAUAAAAUAGUUAAAACAAUCAAAGUGAACGGUAUAGAAACUCUAGCAUUUGUGGACCCUGGUAGUAGUCGUACACUUAUUCGUAAAACAUUCGCGCGUAAAAUCCGAGACGUGCGUGAGCAACUCACAAUAUUGAAAGGGUUCGCGGGCGGACAAUAUGCUAGUACCGAAAUUGUAAGUGCGAUAAUAGAAAUUGACGGUAAUAAUAAUCCAACUAUUAUGCCUGUCAUUGACGAUGAUUUCUUGUGUGAAGCCGUAUUGUUAGGACGAGACGUAUUGUGCCGCGCGGGUAAUCGCUUAGUUAUUGAACAAGAUCAGUGCCGCAUAGAAGACAUAAAUAAAAUUGACGUUACAAAUGAUUUAAGUGUAAUUGAUCGCCAGAGCUUGCAACAACUACUAACACAACACGCUGAUGUUUUUGCAAGAAAUUUAUCUGAAAUUGGUAAGUGUGAUGUUGCAAAAAUGAGUAUCGAAUUAAACAUCAACAUACCAAUUUGCCUUAAGCCGUACCGUAUUCCGUUCGCUAAACGCGCGAUCGUCUCCGAAAUCGUAUCUGAAUUAUUGAGCAACAAUAUAAUUCGACCGAGUGAGUCACCUUACGCCGCGCCAGUAGUUCUCGUCGAAAAAAAGAAUGGCGAACAUCGCUUAUGUGUGGACUACCGCAGUCUAAACAAAGUUACUAUAAAAAGACCUUAUCCCAUGCCGAUCAUGGAAGAACAGUUCGCGCAACUUGCCGGAAAUAAUUUUUUUACAACGCUUGAUCUACGUACCGGGUAUCAUCAAAUUAAAAUAGAUGAAUCCUCAAAAAAAUAUACCGCUUUCGUAACUACUGACGGCCACUACGAAUACAACCGCAUGCCGUUCGGUCUGGUAAACGCGCCCGCUGUGUUCCAAUGUAUGAUGGAUAAAAUUAUUGCACAAAUGCCGCGCGGUGAAGUGUUAGCAUAUUUGGAUGACGUUAUUAUUCCAAGUAAAACUAUUGACGAAGGACGUAAGCGACUCGAAAAAAUUCUAAAAAUAUUAAAACGUUAUGGACUUACAUUGCGCAUGGACAAAUGUAAAUUUCUUAAAAAUGAAAUUGAGCAUUUGGGCCAUGUAAUUAAUAGAAACGGUAUAACGCCGGGCAAACGUAAAGUAGCCGCGAUCGCAGAUUUUCCGCCGCCUAAAAACGUCACAGAGGUCCGAAGAUUUCUAGGUCUUACUGGAUUUUUCCGAAAAUUCGUCCCUAACUAUUCGAUCAUAGUCAAACCAAUAACGCAGCUGCUACGUAAAGAAGAACAACAAAAGUUUGUGUGGGGCGAAGCGCAGCAACGAUCGUUUACUGAGUUAAUAAAAAAACUGUGCAAUGAACCACUUCUUGCGCUCUACGAUUCGUCCGCUCAGCAUGAGGUGCAUACCGAUGCGUCUAGUGUUGGGCUGGCAGGAGUUAUGCUGCAAUCAUCUGAUGGCAAAAAGUAG